AUGGAUUCAACACAAGAUUUCCAGCCCAGGACAUUCUCUAUAAAGUUGUGGCCACCAAGUGAAAGCACGCGGCUCUUGCUUGUUGAGAGGAUGACAAAGAAUCUGUCCACAGAGUCCAUUUUCUCUCGUAAAUAUGGCCUUUUGGGCAAGCAAGAGGCUCAUGAGAAUGCAAAAAGGAUUGAAGAACUUUGCUUUGCCUCGGCUGAUGAGCAUUUUAAAAGGGAGCCAGAUGGUGAUGGGAGUUCUGCUGUCCAGCUAUAUGCAAAGGAAACGAGCAAGAUGAUGUUGGAAGUUUUGAAAAAAGGCCCAAGGACUACUGCAGAACUGGAGACACCUGUAGCUGAUACACCUCUUGUGCCUGCUGAUACUGUACUAGAUAUAUCUGGUGGCAAGCGUGUUUUUAUUGAGGCAGAUGAAGCAAAAGAACUGCUGAGUCCACUCACCAAACCAGGAAAUUCAUAUAAAAGAAUUUGCUUUAGCAACAGGAGCUUUGGUAUUGGUGCUGCUAAUGUUGCUGGAUCAAUUCUUGAGUCGGUUAAGAACCAGCUCACAGAGGUUGAUAUCUCAGAUUUUGUUGCAGAAAGGCCUGAGGAUGAAGCCCUCGAUGUGAUGCGCAUAUUCUCCAAAGCAUUAGAGGGUUAUGUCCUGAGAUAUCUGAAUAUCUCUGACAAUGCUUUGGGUGAGAAGGGUGUCAGGGCAUUCAGUGAGCUCCUGAAAUCACAGGAAUCCCUGGAAGAACUCUAUGUGAUGAAUGAUGGCAUUUCAGAGGAAGCUGCAAAAGCUCUAUCUGAGCUUAUUCCUGCAACUGAGAAGCUCAAGGUUCUUCACUUCCACAACAAUAUGACUGGAGAUGAAGGGUUAGCUCUCAGCAAAACCCUUCCAAAGCUUCCUGAUCUUGUUGAGCUUUAUCUCAGUGAUCUCAAUCUUGAGAACAAGGGUACAAAAGCAAUUGCCAAUGCCCUCAAACAGUCAGCACCGCAGUUGGAGGUCCUUGAAAUGGCUGGAAAUGAAAUAAAUGCCAAAGCAGCCCCAGAUUUAGCAAAAUGCCUAGCAGCAAUGCAGUCACUCAAGAAGCUGACCUUGGCUGAAAAUGAACUGAAGGAUGACGGUGCUGUGAUUAUUGCAAAAUCAUUGGAAGAUGGCCACACAGAUCUUAACGAACUUGAUGUGAGCACAAACAUGAUGCAGAGGGUUGGAGCUCGGUGCUUUGCGCGGGCAGUUGCAAAUAAACCAGCUUUUGUGCAACUGAACAUCAAUGGAAAUUUCAUCUCCGAUGAAGGGAUUGAUGAGGUGAAGGAAAUUCUGAAGGCUGGCAAGAAAUCCCUGGAUGUUCUGGGCUCACUAGAUGAGAAUGAACCUGAUGGGGAGCCUGAUGAUGAGGAAGAGGACGAGGAUGCUGAGGACAAUGAGGACGAGCUGGAUUCGAAGCUGCAGAGUGUGAAGGUUGAGCAGGAUGAUUGA